UAUGUCGAUUGAUAAUCAACCAGAGAUUGCAAGGAUGGCCCUGAAUAAUGCGAAAUCUGUGAUAUUUGGAAUAACAAAGAAUAAUAAAAAUGGCUUUAAAUGUUUAUUUUCGGCGAAGAAAUCUGACCGCGUUGCAUUUAACUGGCAGGAUCCGUUGAACUUGGAAUCUCAGUUAAAAGAGGAAGAAAAAUUAAUUAGAGACCAAUUUAGAGGAUACUGCCAGCAGAAACUCCUUCCAAGAGUAAUCGAAGCAAAUCGAAAUGAAGUGUUCCAUAAGGAAAUUAUGACGGAAGUGGGCCAAUUAGGAAUUCUUGGAUGCACGAUAAAGGAAUACGGCUGUUCUGGAGUAUCAAAUGUUGCAUAUGGAUUGCUUACUAGAGAAGUUGAACGAAUCGACAGUGCUUACAGAUCAGCUAUUAGCGUACAGUCUUCUUUAGCCAUGGGAGCCAUAUAUAAAUAUGGAAGCCCUGAACAAAAGCAGCAAUAUCUCCCUCUUUUAGCGAAGGGGCAAAUUAUUGGAUGUUUCGGCUUAACAGAACCUAACCAUGGCAGUGAUCCUAGCUCUAUGGAAACACGGGCAAAAUAUGAUGCGUCUUCUAAGACCUAUGUCCUAAAUGGUAAUAAGACAUGGAUAACCAGCUCACCGAUAGCAGAUGUUCUUAUAAUAUGGGCAAAAUGUGAUGAUUCAAAGGUUAGAGGUUUCAUAAUUAACAGGAAAGAGCACGGAAAGGGUCUAGAAACCCCAGUAAUAAAAGGGAAAUUUUCUUUAAGAGCUUCCCCCACAGGUAUGAUCUUAAUGGAUAAUGUUAAAGUACCAGAAGAUCAUCUGUUGCCUAACGCGGAAGGACUCAAGGGACCCUUUCAGUGUCUGAAUGACGCAAGGUAUGGGAUAGCUUGGGGGUCACUAGGUGCUGCUGAAAGUUGUUUAGAGAUAUCGAGGAACUAUACUUUGGAAAGAAUGCAGUUUAAGAAACCACUCGCAGCAAAUCAACUGAUUCAGAAAAAGUUGGCUGAUAUGAUCACUGAAAUUUCAUUAGGAUUACUUGGGUGUUUGCAAGUUGGAAGGCUAAAAGACGAAAAUUUGCACACACCAGAAAUGAUUUCACUACUAAAGAGAAACAACUGUGGAAAAGCUUUAGAAAUAGCACGAAACGCAAGGGAUAUGUUGGGAGGGAAUGGCAUUCAGGAUGAAUAUCAUGUUAUCAGACAUGUUAUGAAUUUAGAAUCCGUUAAUACUUAUGAAGGUACCCAUGAUAUUCAUGCUCUAACAUUAGGAAGGGCUAUAACUGGAAUUGCUGCAUUUUAAUUAUUAAAAAGUAUAAUUGAUUUUUAAACAUGUAUAUUUUUUAUAACUGCAAUAACAAAAAAAAUGUAAUGUAUUUGAGAUACAAAUAUAUUUUCAAUAUAUAGUGGCAAUCGAAAUAGUUUUUUAACUUCCCUGUAACAUUCAAAAUACUGCUACACGCAGAACUUAAAAAAAAAUCAUUUACUUUUAUAAAAAUGUGAUAUAAUAAACAUUAGAAAUAAAGCAAUGCAUUAUUCCAUAUUAAUAUUUUGGUAGUAUAAUUAAUAGUAAUUAUACAGGGCGAGGGCGUUCAAAUUAGCCAGCAUCUUACCAGGGCAUUCUAUAAUUAAAAAUAAUACAAAAUCUAUGUGAAUCUAGGAGGCUAGUCUCAAAAGUUGAAGUCUGAAAGUUGCUCUUUUUUUCUAGAUAUCUUCAAAACCAUUCUAGAUAAAAAAUUGAAAUUGGAAAUUGAACAUUACUAUUAGGAUUUGAGUCUAGCAAGGGGAAAAUAAUUUUUAUAUUUUACUCAGAGGCGUCUCAAGUUGGGGAAUUUUUUAUGCAAGGACAUUCACACUUUUUCACCCAAAAGUUUUAAAUUUUUUAUUAAUUUUUCAUUAUAUUUAGAAAUUUUGUGUGAAAAUUUAUUGAAUUUGAUGAUAACAGUGUUGUAUAAAAUAGGUUUGAUAUUAGUGCCAUUAUUCUAAUAUUUCUAAAAUUUAGAAUAAUAGCUACUUACAAAACUAAAGUUAAGGAAAACCAGUAAAAUAGGAUUACUAGAAGACAACAUUUGACGAGACGUACCUAACUAAAUUGUUUUUCAUUCUCCAAUUACAAAAUAAAAAAAGAUAUUGUCUAUUUCCCUAAACAGUCAGUACAGUGAAAAUUGCUUGUAACGACAUUGCUUUAUGUGACAUAUUGGAUAUAACGACGGAAUCUGGAAGUCCCGAUUUAAUCCUAUAGAAAUACUGUAUUCAAAAAAAACAUCACUUACUUCAACACCGUUUACAACGACAUUUCGGAUUUAGCGAUGCGUUUUUAUAUACAUUUACCAUUGAAUCUGUCGGUUAUAACGACCAAUACGGCUUUAAAACAAAUGCACCGCUCUUCCGCCCGCCCCGCCGGCAUCCACACUUUUGACACCAGUUUGGGACAAAUUAUGACUUAUCUAUGCAUACAGUUAUUUUAUAUGUAUUAAUUACUACUUUCUAUCACGAUGUCGAAGAGAAAAGUGUUUCAUAAAGAAGAAAAAUCACAUACAAAGUGUUUGUAAAUAAGUUCGAAAUAUUUUAUCGGGUGG